AUGAACUCAAGUAAAAAUAUAAGAAAAAUUUGCAAGUAUAUUGAACGAUACAAACCAUCAAUAUAUGUAUACCUCAGUAAAACAUUUCCAGAUUUAAUAUGGUCCAUUAUUAUUAUAAUCAGAGUUGCUGAUUUGAUAACCGUCAAAGGUUUAAUAGAUUUAAUUUUAAAAGAUAAAAACCCAGAUUUAAAUCUGAGAGGCCACAUAUUAGCAUCAAUUGAAUCGACCGAAAUAUUAGAUUAUUUAUUUGAAGCCUACCAGGAUGAAUUUUUCGAACAAAAAAACAAUAAUUGGCAAUACAUCUCAAAUCUCCAAGUAAUCGAACAUUACGAGAAACUAAUGACAAGUCUUCAAAGAACAUUUGGCUUUUUAUAUAUUCAUAAUCAAACUCGUUUAGCUAAACACAGUAAUGACUCUUUCAGGUUAGAGUUACUCAGAAGAGCAUUAUUAAAUCCAUCACUUUAUAUCAGCCCCUACACACAAGACCACUUUCCUUUAUAUUUCGGAAAUACCAAAUUCAAAAAGAUGGUUCCUAUAGAAAAAUAG